GUGAUGACGCAAUUCAGCCUUUUGGAUUAAUUCAAAAAUACGGCUACUUUUACAAGAAAACUCAAAAGAAGUUAAUUAAAUUUUUAUCACCAUUUCCUUUAGUUCAAAUUCCAGACCCAUCAAAUAAUAUUGAUGAUAAAAAUCGAGUUAAACAAUUAGAAAAAAAAAUAGACAAUUUAGAAUUAUUUUUAAGAGAUUAUGUGGUUGAAGUGCAGCAAUUAGAUAAAUUAGAUUAUAAUAAUAUUGAAAAUGCUAAUGAUAAUAAUAUUGAUAAUAAUAUUGAAAAUGCUAAUGAUAAUAAUAUUGAAAAUGCUAAUGAUAAUAAUAUUGAAAAUAAAAAUGAUAAAUAA